UCCCCUGCUACCUGUCAGCAGCAUCCCCCUCCUCCUCCUCCUCUGCUCCCCUCCUCCUCCCUCUCCCUGUUUCAGGGCUGAGCAUCUCAGAGACAGAAUGGCGGAGAGAGAAAAGGCAAGCACUACCCCAGCUGGCUCCUCUCCAUUCCUGGGGCUGCACCUGGCAUCACCGCCACAUUUCAGGCUCACACAUGACAUUACCCUGGAGGAGUUUGAAGAUGAAGAUUUAUCCGAGAUUACGGAGAUCACCGACGAAUGUGGAAUCAGUUUGCACUGCAACGAGAGCCGGCGCUGCAAGAGCCGCCUGCGUGCUGAUCCUGGUCCUGCCCCAGGAGGGGGGGGAGCUGCCAGUCGGAUCCAGGCAGAGAUGCUUCAGCUGGACCUGAUCGAUGCCGGACAAAUCCCCGAAGAAGAGAUCUUGCCUCCUGUGGAUCCCAGGCCAAUACUUCCAGCAACUAUGGACACCUACAGACCUAAGAGGCCGACAACUCUCAACCUGUUUCCACAGGCACCACGCACACAGGACACUUUAAAUAACAACUCCCUGGCGAAGAAAUACAGCUGGCAAGACAGAGUGUCCCGCUCGAACUCCCCACUGAAGACAGGAGAGACAACCCCAUCCAAUGAACAUGUGUGUCUCAGUGAUGAAGGAAACCCACCCGCUGUGACACAGGACCGCGGGACCUCCACCGAUACGCCCUGCAGACGUAACAAUACCACCCAGAGUGCCAACGAUCCCUCUGGACGUGCUUCUACAAGGUCACGCUUGGACCCUCACAGAGACCGCAUCCGCUACCAGACAGAUGUAAGACUGGAGCCUACAGAAGAGAUAUUCCUGACACCCGUUCAAAGGUGCUCAGACCCCCCAGAACCAGAACCUGUAUCACAGGCUGGACCCUGCCGCAUGUCAGUCAGCUCAGAUGCAGACAUUAACGUGCGGCCAAACAAUGGGAGCAGACAACAGUUAUCAAUCAGCGAGGAGGAAGAGGAAGGGGAAGAUGGUGUGGGGUAUCUUGGGUGUCCAGGAAGGGUUGGGGGUCCUCGAGGACUUCAGAGGUCAUCGGUCAGCUCGGACACCAGUGGCUUAUCUUAUGACUCUGUCAAAUACACAUUAGUGGUUGAUGAUAAUGUACAGCUACAAUUGGUCAGUCUACGCCAAUGUUAUGCUGGGUACAGCGAUGACAGUGACAGUGGCACCGUGUAUGACAAUUGUGUGUCCUCACCGUACGAGUCAGCCAUUGGUGAGGAAUAUGAAGAGGAAGAGGACGAACAGGUGGGGGCAUCGGGGAGGGAGGGAAGCCGACUCCGUAGGUCUAUGUGCUUAUCGGACACCUCUUCUCCAGACGGCGAUGUCUCCUACUCCAAAAAGUUCCUUAACGUCUUCAUGAAUGGACGGUCACGCUGUACGAGUGAGUUCAUGAGUGCAGAUUCCUUUGGCUUGUUUUCGUGCCUGAUAAAUGGGGAGGAGCGAGAACAGACGCACCGAGCUGUAUUCAGAUUCAUGCCCCGUCAUCCCGGGGAACUGGAGCUGGAGGCAGAGGACCCGCUGCUAGUGGAGGUUAAGGCUGAAGAUUACUGGUAUGAGGCCUAUAACAUGAGGACCGGGGAACGUGGUAUCUUUCCGGCCUACUAUGCAGUUCAGGUGACUAAGGACCCGGAUCAUCUAUCAGAGAACCGGGCCUCCGAUUGGUUGGAUCAGUUUUGGGUGAAAUUUCUUGGGUCAGUGCAAGUUCCAUAUCACAAAGGGACCGAUGUCCUCUGCACUGCCAUGCAAAAGAUCGCUAUGUCUCGUCGCCUUACAGUGCUGUCAAACCCUCCAUCUAGCUGUGUACUGGAGAUCAGCCUAAGAGGGGUAAAGAUUGCAGUACAUGGGGAAGACCCUCACGAUCACAGCCAGGUGAACACAUGCAGCCAUUUCUUCCUGUUAAAGAAUAUCUCAUUCUGCGGAUACCACCCUAAGAACAGCAAAUAUUUCGGUUUCAUCUCUAAGCAUCCUUCAGACCAUCGGUUUGCAUGUCAUGUGUUUGUCUCGGAGGAAUCUACAAAACCCCUGGCAGAGUCUGUAGGGAGAGCCUUCCAGCAGUUUUACAAAGAAUAUGUGGAGUACACAUGUCCCACAGAAGAUAUAUACCUGGAGUAGCCAUGGAUUUCUAACACGGAAACAUGUUCUGUGCAUGGACUAAGUGCUCACACAGGAGCGAGAAGCUGCCGAAAUGGUGGAAGAAAGUUGGGAUGGAGGCUUGAGCUCUUCUGCAUCUGCGCCCUGUGGGACUUGUGAACUGGGUGUGCGUAUGCCAGCCAAGGGCAGCCAGGGUUGAUCCACCAUAUAACUUUCCCAAUAACAUUCUCUCUGCCCCUAACCCAUUUGUGCAUAUUCAAAAAGCUAGGACCAGCUGACAACUGACCAGCCCCCCCCAAAACCUACUGCAAAUGGAACAUGCUAAAUGAGUGAACUUAAGAUUUGGAACAAACUAAAUGAGUCACAGAGGGGGGGUGAGGUUUAGCCCUUGCAUGUUGCUGUACUGAGACAGUGAGAAAUAAUUCGGCUCAUGUAUCAAUCUUGUCCUGAUAAAAAAAAAUUGUCAUACAAGCAAUGGCGUUUGAAAUUCGCCAAUCGUUUGACACGUAUUACUGAUUUAUCUUUUGAACGAAGGGCUCAGCAGUAGCAGCACUUUUGCCACGUAUUUAUUAUCUUGAUAAGCAAAUUACGUGCAUAAAAAAUGGUGCAUUUACUAGCGAAACCUGUCAUAUAAGUUUCUUUGCUUGGUGGCGACAUAUAUAACAAGCAUUCAGUGCAAGGACCACGGUGACAUAUAAAUGGCGCUAUUGAUACAUGACUCCCAUAUUUAUGUAAUGACAGGGGUGGCGAAUGGACGUGUGCGCGUUAGACAAAGAACAUGCAAAGUUGUGUUCAGAAGUAGAGAUGAGCGAACUUACAGCAAAUUCGAUUCGUCACGAACUUCUCGGCUCGGCGG